GGCGAUUCCGCAACUGUCGCCAUGUAGACCAAUCAGAAGGCAGUUUUAAACGGAAAAUCUUUUCACGAGUGAAACCCGCUGCCGUGUAAACGAGCCCAGAAGUCCGCGCUAUAUUUACAUCUCUGUUUACGAUUUACACAGUUGUUACUUAGUCAAUGGCCAAAUACGAGAGUUUAUUUUUGUACGAUAUAUUAGUAACUGAAUAAAUUAUUUUGUGCGUUGUGUUAAUCUGUUACCAAACCUUUUGCACAAUUUGCAGUGUAAUAUGACUGAAUUACUCUACAUCAAUCAUCCCAUUAUUUCGCUGAAGAAGAGUAUUCGACAAUGAGUUCGACGAAAAAAAGUAAAGUUAACCUCCCGAGUGGCUGGAUCGUCGUCAAUUCAACAAGCUUUCCCGAUAGGGUUUAUUACUUCAAUGUUCGUACUGGAAAAUCGUCUUGGACAGAACCGUCGCACGAGACGAACAAGUUUCAGCCCGAAAAAGCUGGACAAAAGCGUAAACUAUCAACAGACACCGACGUGACCUCCCCUGAUUCAACUUCCUUGGAUAAGUUACAGAACUCCAGUGACAAUGAUAAGCCCCGGCGAUUACUGCGAGCCAAGCGAUGUUCGGAAACGUCUCAAAUAUCCGAAACACCACAGAUGAAGGCAUUGAGAGAGAAAAUGACCAAGCAGAAGUCUAAAUCUAACCAGAAGAAGAAGCCAAAGCAAGGUCUCUCUGUACCUGAAAAUAGCCCCCAAGAUGUGCCACUGCUUAAUCGUCUUGGUAGUGAGGAAUUGCCCCUCUGCUCACAGCGGGCUAAGCAAUAUUCUGAAUCGAGAGUAGUAGAAACGCCCCAAAUGAAAGCAUUGAGGCAAAAAAUUUUAAAGAAAACAUCGAAGUCUGUGCAGACCCGAAAGGCAAAAUCAAACGUCUCGGGGCUCGAGAAUAAUAAUGAGGAUUUACCUCUGUUUGUGGAUAAACGAAACAGUAGUAUCAAAUUAAAGACUCAAAGAUGUUGCACUAAAUUGUCUAAUACUGAUACCAGGAAACCAGACGACAAUGUUUCCAAUGUUAGGAGUACCUUGAAUGCUGCAGAGUCAUUUGCGAGCAAAUCGACUACUUCAGCUACGUCAAGGCGUACAGAGAAGCUGAAAGUAGAAGGACACCGACGAGGUCUUAAAGUCGACAAAAAAAAGAAUCUGGCCAAUAAAAGAUUGGACAGUUUAAAGAAUAAACUUAGUACCAUCCGCAAGAGAAUAGAACCUGCUAUAUCUGCCAAGGUGGCACGGCGAUUGGCAACACAAGAUGCUACAUCUAGUAAACUCGAUACAAUAUUCGAUAAGAGUGUUGAGAACAAUACCGUAUAUGAAAUGCGCCCUAUUAGCCCGACAGACCCAUUGCCGAGCAUUUAUCAAAAUACUGAAUCACGAUUCAGAUCGCUCAGAGCAAGGCUCGCAAGCAGGUCAUCUUCAUCAGAUAUUAAAACUCAGCAAGAGAAUGAUCAGUCAGAUAAAGCUGCCCCGUCUAAUCUUCCAAACAUUCCAAAAGUUGGCAGAAAAAAGAAGAAAACUAGUCAUUUGGAAAAAACAAGCAUAGAUAGUAGUGUUGACGAAAGGGCUGAUGUGUUUUUGAACCACGCUGUGGCACAACAUGCAGAUGAGACCGCAUUUUUUGAAGAAAUGGAAUGGGAACCCAUUGAACAGGAAAAACUCAUCGUCGAAGUCCAAGAAGUUAGGAUGCAUCUCUCUACCGAUGUAGGUGCGACGGAGCAGAAACCCCCUAAUUGUACUGUAAAUGGCCUAGAGUUUUCCCAUGUUUCUGAGAACAGGAACCAAACGGUUGUGUAUAUUGUUGUCGACACCAAUGUCUUUUUGUCAAAUUUGAAGACAGUUACAGAAAUUUUGGAGGGUUGUCAUCAAACGAAAUUUCAAUAUAAACCUGUGGUUGUAGUGCCUUGGAUGGUAUUACAGGAAUUAGACUAUAUAAAGGAUAACAAAUUGCAGAGGAAAUCAACACACUUACAAAGAAGUGCCAAAAUCGCAGUUGACUUGUUGUUUCAAUAUUUCUCAAGUAACCACCCUCGACUGCAAGGUCAAACAGCUGCAGAUGCUGCUUCGAACAGAACAAAAUAUCAUACUGACUCGCCAGAUGACGAAAUAUUGCAAACUUGUUUGAGAAUUCGAGAAUUUGGAUGUACAGUUGUUUUGCUGUCCAAUGACAAAAAUCUCUGCAACAAGGCAAUGAUACACCAUAUCCCUACUUAUGGGCGGCAUAAAUCUAUUCAGGCAAUGCUUUUGCUGAAUGCGAACGAAAUUGAAGCUAAAUCCCCUAUGACGCAACUGAAACAAGUGAAAGGUGUUGAAAACCAUACAGAAACGGUUAAUUCAAAAGAGGCUGAUACAUCGGAUGAAAUUUUUUGCGAGGCAAAAGCUAUAAUUAAGAACUUUCUAUCUGUUAUCGUUUCAAAAGAAAUGGAAAAAUUAUUUGGGGAAAAAUGGGCAAGGCACGUGAUAAUUCAACCUCCUUGGUCAGUGAUGGACGUUCUCAAGUGUACCUCGAAACACUGGAUCGCCGCAAUUAGUGAUGUCUUUGUAAGACGGGCUGAAUCCAUGGUUACGAAACUGACAGAGAUAUUUCUCAACUCUCCAAAAUAUGGUCAGAGUUUAAAAUCCAUCAGAACUGUGUUAGAAGUGUGCUAUGAUCUUGUACAGAUGGUGAAAUCGGACAAAUAUCAGGAACUAUCUUAUCAAUCAUGUUCUAACAUCAAGAAGCUGAUUGAUAGAUGUAAUGAAGAAGUGAAGGAAAACGAGGUAGAAAAAAAUCAGACCUUGAUCGAACUUGAAAACGAGAGUGUGAACAACGAGCAACGGGCUAACAAUGCUUUCAGAUUGUUUGAUCAAAUUUGGACGUUUACAAAUAACUUUUGUGGAAUGUCGGCCGAUUUGGUUGGAAUACCCCACUGCAUAACUUACGAAGGAUUCAAUCCCGCUCCGUCAGCUGAAACUAUAAAUCGAUUGCAGCCAGAAUUAGUAUCCAGCUUGAAUCAGCUGAUACACGUUCUAAGAACGGUUUUAAGUGAGGUGGGCUGUCUGACUGUGUCCCAUCCAGCGCUGAUUGCCCUUCACCAAAGUUUGGUCAAUUACCUUCCAAAUUCUGGCGAGUUUAACGACUCGAGCUCUUUGGAUAUCGGCGAUCUCCUUUGUUGUAUCAGGUUGAAAAAAGAGUUUUUGAAAACUGGACUGAUCCAGUUGCAAGAACUGAGUUGUCAGUUUUGCCGGAUAGCAGACUUUCGAUCAAUGACCGUUGGCAUUUCGAGUUAGGCAUUUCAAAGUUACAGUACGUUAGGACGAUGUGAUAUUAAAACAAACGUAAUCUACAAGUGCUGUGUUAGUCAGAAGGUUAUUUUUGAGAAAAAUAUAUUCACUCAGAGUUUUGUUCACAAGAUUAAUAAUUUACUACAUUUGCCGCGAAAUAGAGGCGUGUUGAAAGUUGAACUUUUUGUAUUUCAGAGUAGACUGUAGUUUUUAUACUUGAAUUUUGCACUCGUUAUGAGACGCUGAUCACAUAGUUUUAUUUGGUGUAAACGGAUCUUUAUUCGUAUCAUUAGUCAUCGUAGAUGUAAAAAACAGAAGUCGGUAACUCGGCUGAAAGUAGAGAUAAAAAAGAAACAUAAACCAUUAGUUCUGGUUGUAAAUAUCGUUCCGAAUCGCUUCACUGUUGUUACUCACAUGUCAUGUUAGUACAGCUUAGCAGAGAAGCGUCUGUAUUUCGAGAGAAAUGCAGGUACAUACAUACAGAUGUAUAGAAAGAGGUAUAAUAUAUUUAUUUGAAACGUAAGUACAAAUGUAAAACAAGUCUAAUCAAACGGCAUUAAAAUUUGUAUCCAACCGUAUACUCAAACUCUGACUGUACAUAUUAAUUGUCUUAAACGAUAUAACGCAUAGUUCUAUAACAUUAAAACAAGUUUAAGAGAGACAAGGGUUUGCAUUGUAGGUAUAAAUAUAUAAACGUAUCUGUUUUUUUUUUCGAUACUCUUGAUCAUUGACGCUUAAGACGUUCAUAAUCAAGUGAAUUCCUUACGACAAGUGAAAA